AUGCCCGGAGAUGAAGGAGACAAUGACCUCCUGACUGGCCGGAAUGGCCAGCAUGAGCAUGAAUCUCAGUCUCUACUAUCCUCUCCCACAGAAGACGAAGAUGAUCUCAUAGUUCAUUCCGCCUCGACCGGCUCACCCCCAGUGCCUGCAAGCAGCGCCCGAUCAGAUACGCAGCGCCAAUCCUCACUAUCACAUCCCACUCCUGAUGGACAGCGUCGCGCACCUCGUACAACAAACAGAGUCCAUUUUGACUUGGAGGAGGAAGAUGAGGACGACGAUCACUAUUCGAAUGGGCGAGCCGGCAGCUCCGACAGCGAUGCGCCAUGGUUAGACGACGAAGACUACGAGCUCGGCGAACAAGGCAGGUCGAGGGUACGGAACACAGGGCAGACAGUCCCCCUGCUCACCAAUAUCGAGGCCCCGAGUGUGACACUCGCUACAUCGGACGACUUCUUCCCCGAGGAACAUCUGGAGAGCGCGCGCCCGAGGAGUGGCAUGAAGAUGGCGUUCAUGAACAUGGCAAACAGUAUUAUUGGGGCAGGAAUCAUUGGGCAGCCCUAUGCACUUCGCCAAGCCGGUAUGACCAUGGGCAUAUUGCUGUUAACGGCAUUGACUGUGACGGUGGACUGGACGAUCCGCCUGAUCGUCGUCAACUCCAAAAUGAGUGGGGCGGACUCUUUCCAAGCUACUAUGCAGUAUUGCUUUGGAAGAAGCGGCCUCAUAGCAAUUUCCAUCGCGCAAUGGGCCUUUGCAUUCGGCGGUAUGGUUGCCUUUUGUAUCAUCGUCGGCGAUACGAUUCCGCAUGUACUGGGCGCGCUGUUCCCCUCCCUUCGAGAAAUGUCCUUCCUUUGGCUGCUUACUGAUCGUCGGGCUGUCAUUGUCAUCUUCGUUCUCGGUGUCUCUUAUCCACUCUCGCUUUACAGAGAUAUUGCUAAGUUGGCCAAAGCGUCUGCAUUGGCGCUGGUCAGCAUGAUAGUAAUCGUGGUGACGGUCAUCACGCAGGGCUUCCGUGUCCCGGCAGACUCGCGUGGGGAGAUCAAGAGUCACCUUAUCUUCAACUCAGGGUUCUUCCAAGCCGUGGGUGUGAUAUCCUUUGCAUUUGUUUGUCACCAUAACAGUCUUCUGAUCUACGGGUCAUUGAAGAAACCAACACUCGAUCGCUUUGCAACAGUGACCCAUUACUCUACCGGAGUAUCUCUGGUCAUGUGUCUAGCCAUGGGUAUUGCAGGCUUCCUCUCCUUUGGCUCGAAAACACAAGGAAACGUGCUCAACAAUUUCCCGUCGGAUAAUAUCUUGGUCAACAUUGCCCGAUUUUGUUUUGGAUUGAACAUGCUGACUACCCUUCCGCUCGAGGCCUUCGUCUGUCGCUCCGUGAUGACAACCUACUACUUCCCCGAUGAGCCAUACAACCCCCACCGGCAUCUGAUCUUUACGACGGCCCUCGUUCUGACCUCGAUGGCGUUGGCAUUGAUAACCUGUGAUCUUGGCAGUGUUUUCGAGCUGAUUGGAGCAACCAGCGCAGCGGCUCUGGCAUACAUUUUCCCUCCCCUUUGCUACAUCAAGCUCAGCAGUGCAUCGCGGCGGGAGAAGAUACCGGCUUAUGUAUGUGUUGGGUUUGGACUUGUAGUCAUGGGCGUCAGUGUCGUCCAGGCGGUUGCCAAGAUCAUUCGAAAUGAUGGCGAAGGUCGCUCCUGCAGUGCUUCCUAG